AGAUGGCGACCGGAGUCCUUCAGAGAGUCGGCGGAGGCUUGUCCCGGGCCGCAGGCAGGGCCCGCCCGGCCGGACAGCUCGUCCUGUGGACCAGGGGCUUCUCGGCAUCAGACAGCAGGAGCGGACAGGACAGCUGGUUUAAAUCUCUGUUCGUGAGGAAAGUGGAUCCGAGGAAAGAUGCACACGCCAACCUGCUGACCAAAAAUGAGGAGAGUAACCUCUACAAAAUUCAGUUCCACAAUGUGAAGCCUGAGUGCCUGGACUCCUACAACAAACUCUGUGAGGAAGUGUUGCCCUCCAUCCAUGCUGAUAAGUACUACCCCUGUGAGCUGGUGGGAACCUGGAAUACCUGGUAUGGAGAACAGGAUCAGGCUGUUCAUCUGUGGCGUUACAGAGGAGGAUACCCAGCUCUGACAGAAGUGAUGAACAAGCUCAGACAGAACGAGAAGUUCACAGCGUACAGGAAGGAGCGGGGUAAGAUGCUGUUGUCUCGCAGGAACCAGCUCCUGUUGGAGUUCAGCUUCUGGAAUGAGCCUGUACCCAGAGAGGGCCCCAACAUCUAUGAGCUCAGGUCCUACCAGCUCAGGCCAGGAACCAUGAUCGAGUGGGGUAAUUACUGGGCCCGGGCCAUUGGAUACCGCCAGCACAACAGUGAAGCUGUGGGAGGGUUUUUCUCUCAGAUCGGGAAUCUCUACAUGGUUCAUCACCUAUGGGCCUACAAAGACCUUCAGUCCAGAGAAAACACGAGGAACUCUGCCUGGCAGCAGGAGGGCUGGGACGAGGUGGUGUACUACACAGUUCCGCUCAUUCAGCACAUGGAUUCCAGGAUUAUGAUCCCGACAAAGGCUUCCCCACUGCAGUGAAAUGAGCAGCGAGCUGGAAGCUGAAAACAAGUGGAACCCUUUCGAAUGUCAACAUCCAUCCAGAGCUUCACUAUCACGGUUGUUUCCCCCUCCUGUCGGUGCUGCCAGAUAAUGUCCCUUCCCUUUUACUUCAAGAUGUCAUCAGGUCAAAGGAGGCUACAAUGCCUGCCCUAUAUUUGGGAAUAAAAAAACGCCCAAACCAUUUAACAGCACAUGACCGCGCACAGCUUCUUUUCUUUCGGCUCUGGAGCAGAAUAAGUAAAUUGAAUUAACCUCCUGAUGGUUAUGUCCGACGUCUCGUGCUCAUUUAAGUUUAGAACCAACCAAAGUUACUUGAAGGCGAGCAGCUGUCUGGUGUGGGAGACCAGAUGGCGCGGCUGAAGCUCACUGCAUGGUGCAGUGGCCGUUUAUUUAUUUAAUAUCAAUUUGGAAUUCUUAUAUUAUCUAUAAGUGUGCUGUGGAAGGGGCACUUCCAUGUAAGCCAUGCUCUUGGGGGAAAACCUCUGUAUAUCCAUGGAAAUCGUUUAUGGUUGAAGCUGAUAUGAUGAAUAAAAUGUAAAACUGAGGUCUAUUAUACAUCUAACACCUUUCAGUUGCUUUUUCUAGAUGUUCCUAAGUUCCCCGUCAUGGUUAUAUUGUUGUUUCAUGGUGCCGUGUUUGUAACUUUGGCUCCCACUUUUCUUUCUUGAGACGACAGCAUGCCUGGUUUUAAAACCUGUUUUUAAUCUCAACAUGUUGUCAUGAGGCAAAAAUAUUUAUCGUGUUAUAAUAAAUCCUGACAACAAACAUUAUCUAUCAUUGGUCGAGGGGCCAAUCAUAUUGCUGCAAACUGUGAUAUCAAAGUUUUAUUGAACUGAAAGGAAGCAGUUUUUCCUUGUGUUUUUGGUUCAUAGGGAACAAUGUAGAAGGAAGGAGAGCAACACCAACACAGAUUAAAUAAAUUCAAACCAAUUCAA